CCACUUGUAGUUUGCGCAUCUGCAUCGUUGCCAAUUCGGAUGGAUGGAUAACCUUGUGUGAACGACCUCAUUCUCUGGGUUACUCGGCAGUCAAUCAUGGUUGUUUGCUAAGUACAUGACUCUAAUUCCCCCACUUUUUAAUGUUCGUUUGGCUGGUUUUACACACCUAUAAAAACGAUUGAGAUUUUAACGAUGGGAAUAGAAUCAUUGGAGACGAACCGUCAUUGAAUCGUAAGUAGAAAUUGAAAUUCGGAUUAGGCUCAGCUAUGUGACAGUGUGAAAGGCUCUAGACACUCUCGAUGCUGAAUUUUCUAGCUCGCAGCCUUCAGCGACGUCCAUAUUCACCUAAUUUGUACUCUUUAACAUGUACAUUUCCUUCAAUCAUCUGUUGCCUCCCGAAACUGGCUAUACGAGCCGCUAACAAGAAUUUGUUUACUUAGUCGUUUUCAGUGUUGUGGCGGUAGAAUUUGAAGCGAAGGGCAUUUGUAAACAUGUCUGCAAAGAAGAGUUUCUCUCAAGAGAAGACAAGUGACUCCUCGGCAGCAGCUGAAGGUGCAGCGAAGGUGGACGAAAUAAUAUGGGACGAAGAGCGCCACCGAUUCAAGACGCCAGAUGGGAAGGCGUAUUUGCGAUACGCUAUUAAGCCCCUCACACACUGCAGCACAACCAAGCAAACAGAAGACGAAGUGGACAAGCAGGUGAUGCUUAUGCAACAUACGUUUGUACCAAGCGUUUUCCGCGGUCAAGGUGUGGCAGCAAAAUUAUGUGUAGCUGCUUUCCAGCACUGCAAGGACAAAGGGCUUCUGGUUUUGCCUGUCUGUACUUACAUAUCCGAUACGUUUCUUCCGCGCAAUCCACAGUGGGAGGAUCUUGUUCUGAAGGACAGCAACACCAAAUCUGGACUCUGACCAAUACACCACGUUAAGCAAACGCUGUAAUUCGCUCCAGAUAGUUGCAAUUCUGCUUCUAAUCUCUCAGACUUGCGUAGGUUUCCUAGUUUGGAUCCUGGCAAAGAAGCUUUGGAGCAACUUUGGGUCAGACCACUGUCUUGCAUUCUGUGGGGCCUGCAUGAUGGUUUCUUAUAGUUCCAUUUCGCCGGCAAGCAUCAGGUUUUUUUGUGAUUGUUCAAUUCGUCUAUUUAUCUUUGCAGCUGAGAAUGGAACUCGAUCCAUGAGUGAGGAUUACCUCGUCAUGACUCAAGGCUAUUCGAAAUGUGGAUGAGAGAGAUUCUGCGAGAGAACGAUCCCUAAAUAUUUUGCGUGUCUCUUUCUGGGUACUCUAUUCGUCAGAUGCACGAAGCUUAGACAGUAAGUUGUAUAGUAACAUACCUUCACUUUCUCUUUCAUACUGUCAGUUUCACGUUGGUCUCUAUAAUCCAUCAGAAUCAUGUUUCUGCGAUCUCGAGGUAGAAAAUUGACGGUUUCUGAAAGAGGAACACUUUGACAUCGCCCAUUUUGUACAUUCUGGUAAUACCUAGCUCCUUACAGCUCUGAAGCUUAUGAUUUGUUGGAAGAAAAAUAUUUCUUCUCUGUUUAUGAGAUCAGAGUUUCUGGUGCUAGCGAGUAACUCGAGCAGAAUCUGUGGCAGUUUAACUGUAGAACACAAUCUUCAUGGCCAAGCUUGCAAGCUGUAAGUAACGUAGGCCACCAUUUGUUUAUCACGUCUCAGAUAUAUUCUGAUCAAAGAGUGCCAUCUUUGAUCAGUGAUACGUGCACGUAUAUUCCUCGUUUCUCUGUGGCCCCUUUCAUCUAUAGGCAUCGCAAUCUGAGAAACAACCCAUGACACUGUUAUAUUCAUCACAUCUUGGGUAAUUUUUCUGUACACUCAGAAUGGUUAGUUUGUUAUUUAUAUAUUUAUUAA